AAGUACUUACCGUAGAAAGCAACUUUCCUACGGAGUUUGCGUACUUGAUGUAAAACUUGUUUUGGUUUUUGUACACCAAGUGUGGAUUCACAGUCUAAUGCAGCCGCUUACCUGCCUACCUAACUAAGCAUUGAUUCAUCUAGUAAAUCUUGCUGUUACCUCAUUUUGAACAAGCUGUUAAACACAUGGUCAGUUAGUCUGCUGUUCACUCUGGUCACUAUGUCCAGCUAUGAGCUUUUUCAGAGUCAAACAACACUUGUCAUGUCAUUACUGGUGGACACGGCGAAGCAGGAGAUACAAAAGGCUUUUACAUGCUGUCCGGGUGAAUCAUGCUUUCAUCUUACAAUGAAACCAAACGAUGCUCAAUCUCAGCUGCUAAAUGCAAUAAUGGAGACAUUUGCCAAAGAAGCAGUGAGGAAGAUUUGCAGCCUCUUCAGAUAUUGCUCAGCUCUUGCACCUGCCGAAGCACAAACCUGUUCAAACAAUCAAGAUGACCUGAGAAAAACUCUUUGUCAGACGGGACGUGAUCUGGAAAGAAAACCAUAUAGCCAUAGCCAAAAGAUUCAAGGAGAUGCUGUAUAUCUCAAAAUGAGUCCUUUGAAGGAACCAGCAGCAACUUCUCACCAGCAACUCACAAACAGGGAGUCUGUACAGGAUAGUAUCACAAGCAGAUGUCUUGUGAUGGAGAAAAGAGCAGAAGAUGCCACCCAGACAAUAUUUAUCCAUGAUGUUUCUGAUGAUAGAACCUGGUCUGAAGUUCAUGAUGUUAUAAUGCAGACACCAGCUGAGCAAACGGAAACAUCACAGGAGAAAGACUCUUUCAAAUGUGACCAGUGUGGAAAGGCAUUUCCAAAGAAGUUUUCCCUGCUGCAGCACAAACGCCUGCAUUCGAUCGUAAGGCCUCACAGUUGCGAGAAGUGCGGGAAGAAAUUCACGCUGUUAAGAGCGCUGGAGACUCACCUCCGUAAACAUACACAGAAGUACGAGAAGAAGAAAUUUCCCUGCAGCACGUGUGGCAAGAGCUUUAGAGAUCUUGCGGCGCACGAACUGGUCCAUGCGGACGUCAAGCCGUUUACGUGCGAGAUAUGCGGACAGGGAUUCACAGUCAAGAGAAGUUUAUACAUGCACCAAAGGGUGCAUACGGGCGAAAAGCCGUACAGAUGCGACACUUGUGGAAAAUGCUUUUCUCUGAUUGGCACCCUAAACUACCACAAGAGAAUUCAUUCCAAUGACAGGCCGAUAAAAUGCAGUCAGUGCAAUAAGAGUUUCAAGUACCACAAACUUUUGAAGCAUCACCUCCGUGUGCACACGGGAGAGAGGCCGCACACGUGUGAAAUCUGCGGUAAAAGUUUUGCGCUUUCUGGGACUCUCAAACGGCACGUCCUCAUUCACACCGGUGAUAAGCCGUAUGUCUGCGAGGUGUGUGGCAGAAGAUUCAACCAGAGAAGUACUCUCAAAGGCCACAUGCGAGUGCACGGAGAGAAACGUUUCAUGUGUGAAAUGUGCGGAAAAACAUUCCAAUAUAAUUACAUCUUGAGGAACCAUAUACUAACCCACAAUCAGAUUGGAAGUUCGGGAGAAAAGAACAACGCUCAACGCUGCGAUGUGUGCGGGAAGUUUCUGAGCUCUGCCUAUGCGUUGAAGACUCACCUGCAGCUACAUUCAGAUAACCGCAAGCCCUUCACUUGCAAGUUAUGCGACAGGAGAUACAGCAGCAUUCAUUCGCUUCGGAUGCACGAGCAGCUUCACACGGGAGAGAAACCUUUUAAGUGUGAGAUCUGUGGUAAGGCCUUUUCGCUGCGGGCUUCUUAUAAAACCCACAUGUUUUUGCAUUCAGGAGAAAGACCUCACAAAUGCUUAAUAUGUGGAAAAAGAUUCAAGUUGUCAAGCUCUUUGAAAAUGCAUCUGCGCACUCACACCGGUGAAAAGCCUCAUAAGUGUGAAAUAUGCGAGAAGGCUUUUCAUUUAUCUGGAAAUCUUAAAAGACACAUGCUUGUGCACACUGGGGAAAAGCCAUUUACCUGUGACAUUUGUUUGAAGAGUUUUACACAACCCAACAAUUUAAAGGCACAUAUGCAUAUUCACACAGGAAAAAAGCCAUACACAUGCACCAGGUGUUGGAAAAGUUUUGCCUAUCAAAGAAACUUUAGAGAUCACAAAUGCAAUCCUCUUUGAGAGAAUUGAGACUUCAAUGUUUCAAAGAUUUCAUUACAAAGUUACAAUUCGAAAGUGAGAAAGCUGUGGUUUUCUCUACUGAUAAUUGUGAAAUCUCCAAAGGUUCAUGUAGGAUUGUAAACCGUAAUUUAUGAGAAAUGCUUGACUUGUGUAUAUAUGUGUACUAAAAUAAACUGAAUGUUUUGAAA